AUGCAACGAAUAUUUCAAGUGCCGUUUGGUUCAUGGCUGAUUCCGACUAUAGAUUUCUUACUUUGUAUGAUUCUUAUGAAAGGUAUAGCAGACACAACAGCUUAUCGGUUUCUUGUGUGGACAGCAUUAGGUCAACUUGUAUAUUUUUCCUAUGGCUUUUGGCAUUCUAAACGACGAAAAUUAAUGAAAGGUGAAUAUGUUGCAAAUACGAUCGAUCUUGUGCCUACAAUAGAAAGUAUUAUGGGACAAUAUACACAACAUGGAUUUGAAUCGGAUAUAGCCAGUGAUAAUACUGAAAGCGCAGCAUAA